AUGGCUAAAACAGCAAUUGCAUACAAAGAGAAGAUGAAGGAGAUUUCUGUCCUAUCUCUCCUCUGCUCCUGCCUGUACCCUGAGACACGCAAGAACCUGAUGGGAGAGUUCCAAGGCAUGGAGGUGAAGCCCAUCAACAAGCGUGCAUCUGGCCAGGCCUUCGAGGUGAUCCUGAAGCCCCCCUCCCCGAUGUCGGACGCAGCCCACUGCGUCACCUCGCCCCCUAAGAGGGAGGUCUCUCUGGAGGACAUCCUGAAGAAGCUGGAGGCCGCUGAGGACCGGAGGAGAUCCCAGGAGGCCCAGGUUCUCAGGGCCCUUGCAGAGAAGCGGGAGCACGAAAGGGACGUGCUGCUCAAGGCCAUGGAGGAGAACAGCAACUUCAGCAAGAUGGCUGAGGAGAAGCUGACCAUGAAGAUGGAGCAGAUCAAGGAGAACCGCCAGGCCUACCUGGCCUCCAUCAUGGAGCGCCUGCAGGAGAAGGAGAGGCAUGCCCAGGUGGUGCGCAGGAACAAAGAGCUCAGGGAAGAGCUGACAGCGUGA